UAAUUCCUCCAUUAAGUCAUCUUCCUACCGAAUUAUCUUCUAGCUAUUACUCUUGAAGAUGUCAAAAACUGACAACAAUGGUGCUUUAGGGCACUAUCCUAUUCUCACUAGGCGCAUUCCUACCACAGGGAAGGCAACGAUUCUUGCAUUAGGCAAGGCCUUUCCUAAGCAACUUAUUCCCCAGGAUUGCCUAGUCGAGGGCUAUAUACGUGACACCAAAUGCGAAGAUGUGUCCAUCAAGGAGAAAUUGGAGCGGCUUUGUAAAACUACUACUGUGAAGAGAAGAUACACAGUCAUGUCGAAGGAGAUUCUGGACAAAUACCCUGAACUUGCAACCGAGGGGUUGCCAACGAUCAAACAAAGGCUUGAAAUAGCGAAUCCGGCAGUUGUUGAGAUGGCAAAGGAAGCAAGCCUUGCUUGCAUCAAGGAGUGGGGAAGGCCAGCAGAAGAUAUCACCCAUAUUGUGUAUGUCUCUUCCAGUGAGAUACGCCUACCAGGUGGCGACCUUUAUCUUGCCAGUCAGCUUGGCUUAAAGAGUGAUGUUAGUCGAGUAAUGCUAUACUUUCUAGGCUGUUAUGGUGGGGUGACUGGCCUCCGAGUUGCCAAGGACAUAGCUGAAAAUAAUCCAGGAAGUCGUGUUUUAUUAGCCACUUCUGAAACUACUAUUCUUGGUUUUCGCCCCCCAAACAAGGCACGCCCUUAUGACCUUGUAGGAGCUGCCCUUUUUGGCGAUGGAGCUGCAGCUGUAAUCAUUGGAGCCAACCCUGUAAUAAACAAGGAGUCUCCUUUCUUGGAGCUCAACUAUGCAGUUCAGCAAUUCUUGCCAGGUACGCAAAAUGUCAUCGAUGGACGCCUUUCUGAAGAGGGUAUAAAUUUCAAGCUUGGAAGGGACCUUCCUCAGAAGAUAGAAGAUAACAUAGAGGAAUUCUGCAAGAAGCUCAUGUCAAAGGCUGGAUUAACUGAUGAGUUCAAUGAUUUGUUCUGGGCCGUUCAUCCUGGUGGACCUGCAAUACUUAACCGGCUCGAGAGCACUCUGAAGCUAAACAGCGGGAAGCUAGAGUGCAGCAGGAGGGCUCUAAUGGACUACGGAAAUGUUAGCAGCAACACUAUAUUCUAUGUUAUGGAAUACAUGAGGGAAGAAUUGAAGAGAAAGGGCGGGGAAGAAUGGGGACUUGCCUUAGCGUUUGGGCCCGGCAUUACUUUUGAAGGCAUACUUCUUCGUAACUUGUGAUCGCAUCCUACAGCAGCUACUUCAAUACUUCUUUUUUUCUUGUUUUCAUUAAGUGUUUUCUGCUUGAAUUAUCAUGCUGCAUUUGAAAUUAGUAAUUUAAAAGAAAUGGAAAUAAAAAUUUCUAUCAAA